AAGGAGCCAUGGAAAAAUUGGUCCUUCCACAUGCUUCUAUUCUUAAUCCCAUUCUUGCUUACAAAUGGCUGUCAACUACCCUCCACUGAGAUAGAUGUAGAUAAUUCAGAAGUAAGCUGAUAAAAAUUCUAGGUCUAGUGGGAGCUGCAAAGACAUGGUAUGUGGAGAUCCAAGGCCAUGGUCAGUUGUCAACCCUAACAACUUUUCAGGUCUCAGUAGAGAGAGAGAUUGUCUGCCAAGCCCAAGCAUUUAGUAAUGUGUUUGAAACAGGCCACAUGUGGUAACUAAGUCCUCGGAAGACACCAUAGGUUCUGAAUACCGUCAGAGCCAAAAGGUCAUUUAAACUCCAAGAUCCACCUCCUUGUCUUCCUUCCCCAGAGACACCACUAUGAAGAAUCUGGCUGUCAUUGGAACCAUGGGGCCAAGUCAUGUCUGCCCACAGCUGCUGGCAUUUGCAUCCCUGGGCACUGAGGUCUGAAACUCGACCCUGGCAAGGGCCCUACCCCCUUGGAGGAAAUGGCUGAACAGCCCGAGCAACAGCAGAUGAAAACUUCCUUCCUCUUCAUCCAGCUGCAGGCCCCCCCUGCCCGAGCUCACCCCUCCCAGUCUCCAGCUACUGCAGCCUGGGCAGCCGCCCCAGGGGGCCCGGAGGAGGGACACAUUUUCCCAAGUCCCAGGACUGGCUUCUUGGCAGGCCAGGACCUCAGGCACACACAGGGCUUGGCUGCUCCUCCCUCCCGCCUGCUGCAGAAGGGGGGCUCUGGGACAGAGGAACCAGCUGCUUUCAGUUGCUCUGCUCUGAAGGAGGAGGAGAGAGAGGAAAAAUCCCAGGAUCUGGAUGUAAGAAGAGGUGGUGUCUGCAGAACCCCACGUCACAGGCCUUCCCCGGCCCCCGCCUCCAGGAAAUUUGGACGACUACAGCCCCUGUCAUGCAGACUUCGUAGCCCAGCUCCCGUUAUGAGCAAUGAAAGCAACAAUCCCUCCAUGGGCUGGGAGCACUGGCCAGUCAUCACUGCCCCCCAGGACCUGUGGAGCAAGGACCCUUCGUCUUGGGAUGCCUUGGGAUGUUCAAUGCCACAGGCCAUCCUGGCUCACGCUACUGACAGGGGUGAAAGUGCUAUGCUGAGGAGAGGUGUUGCUACCUGCCAGAUUCUUCCCAAGAGCUGUGAAGAGGGCACCAGCACCACUGUGCAAGCUAGGAGAGCAAGGCUCUACAGAUACUGUCCGCCCAUUCAGACCAGCAAGAGCUACCCAGCCCUGCCUGCCGCUCUGCCUCUCAAGGCAGAGACAUUUGUUUGGGUUAACAAUGCAUCGUCUCAUUCCCAGAGUGUUGCCAAGGCCAAAUAUGAAUUUUUAUUUGGCAUAUCUAAAGAGAAACCUCCAGAUACUAGUGAUCAUGGAGGAAGCACUUUACUCCCACCAAAUGUCACAAAUGAAUUUCCAGAAUAUGGGACCAUGGAGGAUAGUGGAGAAGGCCUAAGAACUUCUCUUGGGUUUGAUACAGAGUCUCUGCCAGGCUGCCCACAAGGGCAGCUGGGGGUCCAGCUUCUUCAUGGCCACCAGUCUGGGCUUGAGAGUGUUACCGACAGACCAAAAGAUGCCAGAGAGUCCCUCACUCAAAGUCACCUCAAGGAACAAAGUUUACAACCCAUUGACUCCUUGAUUUCAACUCUGAAAGCCACAGAAGCCAGAAAAGCUUCAGGAACAUUACAGGCUACAAAGGUACUGGACAAAGAUGCUAUUUCUAGUUUUUCAGUUCAGCAGGUGGAUAAAGAGCUGGACACUGUCCCUCAUAAAACAAAGAGACAGGGAGCCAAAAAAUUAUUUCCUGCUGGCCAAGAAAAAGCACCAGAUAUACCUCUUUCAGCUGAAGUUACGACUGAGGGGAACUUUUAUUUGAGCAUCCAGAAGGAUCAGACUGUACUAUUAACUGGAGAAGCUCAGGCAGAACUUUCCAAGAUAACUAAUAAUGGUAGAAAAGGGGCUGUCCAUGUGCAGGAGCCAGCUUGUUCUAUAUCCUCCCUGGGGAGCCCAGCAGUGACACAUACCUCUGCAGGCAGUGUUGCUCUUUUGAGAGAGAAGAGGUCUGAUCAAGGUAGCUCCACAGGACGCCCAGGCCGGGUCAAACACGUGGAAUUUCAAGGGGUGGAAAUAUUGUGGACAGGAGGGGAGAAAAGAGAGAUACAGCAUCCUGUGGAUUUUGAGAUAUCAUUGGAAAGGAGCACCUCUCCUGAAAACAGAGAACUUUCCAGAGUGCCAACCCAUCUCAUUUCAUGUGCUGGUUUGUAUAAUUCAGUUGGUUUAACUGAGAGUGUUUGGGAUGAAACCUGGAGAUCAUCAGAGAAGCUGGGCACCAGCUCAGGGACGUUUUCCCCUCUGCCUCUUGUUGAGAGUGGAGAGGAUGAAGUCUUCCUAAAGGAAAACAAAGAACAUCUUGAGAAGAAACCUGAACUGGAGAGAGACAAGGAAAGGAUUCUUGAGCAAGAGGAGCACUUUAGGGGAGGAGAUGAUGAUGUCCUUGGGCCUGCGUAUACAGAGGACUCUACUGAUGUGUACAGCUCCCAGUUUGAAACCAUUUUGGACAACACUUCCUUAUACUACAGUGCUGAGUCCUUGGAGACAUUAUAUUCAGAACCUGAUAGCUAUUUUAGCUUUGAAAUGCCUCUCACUCCAAUGAUACAGCAGCGCAUUAAAGAAGGCAGUCAGUUUCUGGAGAGGACAACAGUGGCAGGACAGCAAGAUGUCCUGAGUAUCUCAGCAGAUGGUGGAAUAGUGAUGGGUUAUUCUAGUGGGAUCACCAACGGGCUGAAUGACACCAGUGACUCCAUCUACAUGAAAGGCACACCAGAGAUUGCUUUCUGGGGAAGAUACCGCUCAGGAUAUGGAGGAGUACAGCAGAAGAGCAAUGCUGGGGUAAAAACAGCACUACUAGAGACUCAUUCUGAGAUGGGGAGCACUGAAAUUCUGGAAAAGGAGACCUCAGAAAGUCUCAGUAAUGGUACCAGCAGCAACAUAGAAGCAGCCAAAAGGUUGGCCAAACGCCUUUAUCAACUAGACAGAUUCAAAAGAUCGGAUGUCGCAAAGCACCUAGGCAAGAACAAUGAAUUUAGCAAACUAGUUGCAGAAGAAUAUCUGAAGUUUUUUGAUUUUACAGGAAUGACACUGGAUCAGUCUCUCAGGUAUUUCUUUAAAGCAUUUUCUCUUGUGGGAGAAACUCAAGAACGAGAGAGAGUUUUAAUACAUUUCUCCAAUAGAUAUUUUUACUGUAACCCAGACACUAUUGCUUCACAAGAUGGAGUCCAUUGCCUCACCUGUGCAAUGAUGCUUCUUAACACAGAUCUCCAUGGCCAUAAUAUUGGAAAGAAGAUGACCUGCCAAGAGUUCAUUGCAAACCUCCAAGGGGUAAAUGAAGGUGGUGAUUUCUCCAAGGAUCUACUGAAACCUCUUCCCCAGUCAACCUUCAAAAUGAUUGGCGUGAAUAGUGUUCAGAGUACCAGCAAGGUGCGAGUGAGGACCUCAGGUUCCGUGAAAUACUCCCGGGAGGAUUCUAUCCGGCGGCAGUCCCACCGGUCAAAGUCUAUGAAAAUUUCUAACUCCUCAGAGUUUUCUGCUAAGGAUACUAAGGCUCUGUACAACUCAAUUAAGAAUGAGAAGCUUGAAUGGGCAGUAGAUGAUGAGGAGAAAAAAAAAUCUCCAACUGAAGGAACUGAUGAGAAGGCUAAUGGAACACAUCCAAAGACCAUCAGUCGUAUUGGGAGUACUACCAACCCAUUCUUAGACAUUCCUCAUGACCCAAAUGCUGCUGUAUACAAAAGUGGAUUCUUGGCUCGGAAAAUCCAUGCAGAUAUGGAUGGGAAGAAGACUCCAAGAGGGAAGCGAGGAUGGAAAACAUUUUAUGCUGUACUAAAAGGAACAGUCCUUUACUUGCAAAAGGAUGAAUAUAAACCUGAAAAGGCCCUGUCUGAAGAGGAUUUGAAAAACGCCGUGAGUGUGCAUCAUGCGCUGGCAUCCAAGGCCAUAGACUACGAGAAGAAGCCGAAUGUACUUAAACUUAAAACUGCCGACUGGAGGGUCUUGCUUUUUCAAGCUCAGAGUGCAGAGGAAAUGCAAGGAUGGAUAAACAAAAUUAAUUGUGUUGCAGCUGUAUUUUCUGCACCACCAUUUCCAGCAGCCAUUGGAUCUCAGAAGAAGUUUAGUCGUCCACUUCUGCCUGCUACUACAACAAAAUUGUCUCAGGAGGAACAGCUGAAAUCUCAUGAAAGCAAACUGAAGCAGAUUACCACUGAGCUGGCUGAACACCGCUCAUAUCCCCCGGAUAAGAAAGUUAAAGCCAAGGAGAUAGAUGAAUACAGACUGAAAGAUCACUAUCUGGAAUUUGAGAAAACCCGUUAUGAAAUUUAUGUCAGCAUUCUAAAAGAAGGAGGCAAGGAGCUCCUGAGUAACAAUGAAAUUGAGGCUGCAGGACUGAAGAAGUCACAUUCAAGUCCUUCACUGAACCCAGAUUCAUCUCCAGUCACAGCCAAGGUCAAGCGUAAUGUGUCAGAGAGGAAAGAUCACCGACCUGAAACACCAAGCAUUAAGCAAAAAGUUACUUAGAAUCGAUCUGUGACCAGGAGGUACUGGUCAUGGAGCAAAAUAGAGUUUUUCAAGAUCUUUCUGGUAAACCCGUGAAUAUAUUUUUAAAAAGUUUGUGACUAAAUGGUGCAUUAGUAACCUUUUCUAUUGUAUAGUUUUGUUAGUUUCUGUACUGAUUGUCUCUUUGCUCUUGAUUACUUUGCUUUGAUGAUUUUUGCUACUUGAUGACUAAUGCACCUUUUUUUGUGAAGGGGAGGGGGAUCAUGAUUUCAGAAUGAAUUAUGUGUCACUUUUUCUUUGUUUAUUUUUUCUUGUUUGCACUCUGCUCAGUUUUUAUGUAUUGUCAAAUCAGCUAUUACACUUUUCUAAGGUUAAAAAAUGUAAAUCAUUGUGAAACAUUUAACUGGACAAACUUGGUAGUUGAGUAAAUUCUAGCCAGGGUUAAUAUAAGCCCUUAUAUGUGAAAUGUUGCUCAGUCACAGAGGUGGAAUUGAGCACUGGCAGAAAUUCAAUUAAGAAUUACAAUUCUGGGAAGCAAGAUGGUCCACUGUGAUGCAGGUAUGCAUAUAUCUUUGCACUUAUUGUUGAGUUCUGACCCUGCUGGAAGCAUAGAAAAGGGGGUGUUAACAAGAUGGGAGGACUGGAGAACUAAAGAAGUGCAUUAGCUUCCUUGAAGUGUUGAUUUCAUUUCAGCCAAAGAAGGAAAUAGGAAGUGGAAUCUUUUUGCCAUUGAAGGUUGUGGAAAAACGACACCAAGUUCAUUUUGUUUCUUAAAGGGUGGUGGCAAUAAUCGACUCUUGGGGAGCUGCAGUAGUAGGCAUGUGGCUGGUGUGCAGGAAAUUGUUACCUCACUUCAAGGUCUAGGCUAGGAAUCCAGAAUCAUCUCUGUCUAUCAGUACUCUGCCAUUCAGGAAUUACGUUCAUAUAUAUAUAUAUAUAUAUAUAUAUAUAUAUAUACACACACAUACACACACAUAUAUAUAUAUAUGUAUAUAUAUAUAUAUAUAUAUAUAUAUAUAUAUAUAUAUAUAAGCAUGGUGUUAUCUCCUGGUUGUAAAAAUAUUGGGGUCUUCUUAAAAAAAUAAUGUUGAAAUGGAACCCCUUUUGUUUUUAACAAAACAAAUUAAGAGGAAACAGUAGCUGCAGUUGUUCAACAAUGUGAUUCUUUAAAAUAAAUUUGAAAGUAAUAAUAUCUAAAUGAAUUGUGGCUGAAAAACUGAGGAAUCUACUGGUUGUAUAUGCAGAGUUAGUUUAUUCUUAUCUCAUGAUCUCUUUGAUAGCCAGUUCAUUCUGCUGCUACUGAACUUUCUCCUAAAUAAAGUACCUAAUUUUGAGUCAGUAUUUUCUAUCUAUUCAGAAUAGUUACAGUCACGAAUUUGUUCCAGUGCUGGUCCCUUUGAAAUUUAGGGUGACAACAUAUUCUCGUGUAGUGGAAGAAAAAGUGAAAAUUGAGCCCUGAGUUAGAACUUUCUGAUUUUGAAACCUUGAAUGUUUGUGAUCCUUAAAACUAUAAUCUCCAUGACUUCUGAACUAAUGGAAUCACUUUGAAUACUCUUUUACCUCCCACACAAUUUGCUCUAGUUCUACUCAGUUUAUUAAAGGCACUAUGACCAAAGAAACAGGGACUCUGCAGGAAUAGCAUGGUUCCAGUGAAUUAGAGAAAAUCUGCUAUUAAACCAUGGUGGUUUCUAGUAGUAUAUUGUUCUGAUGUACCAGCACUUAAUUAUAAGAUUAAGUAAUUAUAAUCUUAAUUAUAAGAUUAGUAAUAACAUUUACUUUACCUAUAUAAAUGCCCAUAUUUGCUACUGCCCAAAAGAGAGAAACCCUUCUCUAAGGUUGUAGUUGCUUGCUUUGUGAGAAGUUUUUGCCAUACCUUUGAAAAACUCACCCUAACCGUCUAUCUUGUUUAUGUAAAGACAAUGACUAAAUUUGUGUGUCAAAACCGAAAAACAAGGUAAUUACGACAUGGCCCCGUGCACCUGAUUCAUUUUUGUAGCUUCUGACCAAAUCCAAGAUUUGCACAAAGGAGGAGUCAUCUUUCUUCCUUGAAUCUGAAUAAUUAGUGUGUUUGUUUUCUGUAUAAUAUAUUUAUACCAAGCAAGAGAGAAAUACCUAGCCAUGUCAUCUCUGAGCUUCAGUAACUAAAGAAAAAUAAACAUCCCUGAUUGGCUUGAAUGUGUUUGUCAAUAGUGUGACUGUGUCUGUGUAUAUAGAAUGUCUCUAUGUAUUUUACUUACAGUAUAUAAUAGACAUGAAAUGGUACCAUGCUGCAGUAUUUCUGACAUUUAGAGUAGUUCUAACAUGCUCAGUUAGAAUCAGCACCAUUACAGCAUUAUUCCUAUUAUACAACUCACUAAUGUUAGCUACAGGAAUUUCUGGAUAUGCUAAUAGAUAAAUGGGUGAGAAGGACACUUUGAAGCUGUGUUUGCAGUUUCUCUUUUAAAAACAACUGCAGAAGGUUUUUCUUUGAGCCAGAAUCCCAGAUUGCCUUGGCAUGAUGUUGCCCAUCUUCCCGGGAUGGGUUGAGAAUACCUCUGUCUGUUGUCAGUGCACCUAGCAGACCAAGAGUUUAUCCAGUAAUAGGAGGAAAUGGCCCCUGAUUCAACUAGAUUCUAAGAGUCUUGCCCAUAGCCAACCACAUUUUCCUUUGUGAUCAUUUCUUUCCUAUAGUAUCAAGUCAGAAGAAAUUGAAGACAUUUCCUUUCACAGCUAUUCCAAGCCUGCUGCCUCACCUCCUCCUUACCUUCUAAAGGUACUCCCCCUCUUCCCAUCCCCACUCCUCACCCAUACCUUAGCAUCAGGAGCCUUGGGAUUUCUCUCCAUGUGAUAAAUUAUUAUAUUCUCCUUCACAUAAAUACAUGUAAUAUUAUUUUUUAUAUACAAAGUCUUGAUACUCAUCAAAACAUCUUGAUGGUAGUCUUGUUGCAAAUUGACCAUAGAAGUGGUCCGUGUAUAAAAUCUUUGAGUGUUUUGGGGUUUGUUUCCCCACCUCACAUGUUGACUUUCACAGGAGGUCUCAGAAAUCCCUUGUUAGCAAUCAAAACUUAAUUACUAGCAUGCAGAGUCCUCAUUUUAUUGCCAUGCCAUAGCCAUUGUUUGAAGUGUGCUUUUUAGAAACAUUUUGGUAACUCUUAGCAAUGUCUAGUUAAACCAAGCAAUACUUCCAUGUAUUUUAAUUAAUCUCAAGUAAAACCAACAUGUUAGAGAGUCCUCUGGUAGAACUAUAGUUCCUAUUGCUCUUCGGUAAAGAAGGUAGAAAGCAACUGUACAAGAACGUCUAUACUUCUGUUAUCCUAAUUCAGAAGAUGAGGAUUUCUGUCCUCAGUCAGAAGUGAUUGAGAGAAUUCAUUCUGGAAAAGCAAAAUUGGCUGGCUUUCUAAGGCCAAGCUAUAGGUGGUCUCUUGAGUUUGUAUUUCACCCUGUGGCCAAACCACAGAACAUCUGAGGCUGGAGAAGAAUUUAUAUAACCAGCAGUAAAGGAGGCCCUUUGCUGCCUAAACACAAAGUUGUAGAGUUUUCUGCUGGUCCUUGCCUGCUACUCCCUCUGAUAUAAAAAGCUUGAGAAGCUUUUCUUAAGUAAGGUGGGGCCGUAUUUGGCUAUGAGUUGUACCGUUUCUCUGCCUUUACUCCUGAUCAUAGACAAUGGGAAGAAAAUUGACCUUUAAGAAGUUUCUCUAUUGUCUUACUAGCAAGACUUUCUUGGAUAUAGUUAGUUGUCAUUGGAAUUUUAAUUCCUUUGGCAUUUACCGUGUAGUCAUCAAUAAAGCCUUCUUUUUUUUUUAGAUUUUAUUUCUGAGUAAUAUCUACACCCAAUGUGGGGCUCGAACUCACAAUCCCAAGAUCAAGAGUAGCACACUCCACCGACUAAACCAGCCAGUCGCCCCCUAGUUAAGCUUUUUUAAGCCAGAUUUCACAGGGAGUUUCUUAGUCUUGUAGGUCCAAAUUUCUUUACUUUAGCUCUUAGGGACCUGGUCAAGUUUACAGCACAUUGGUAGCCACCUUCCUUAAUUUCAGCAGCGAACAAUAUCUUUACUUUUCAAAUGACAUUUUUUUCCAGUUGUAAAAUUAAUACUGUUAAACAAAGAACCAAAGUGGUAUCCUAAAAAUUGUUAAAAGUAGAGUUUAGUUAAUGAUUAAUAGUGUGACUUUGGGUUUAAAUAGCAUCUGCUUUUCUCAACAUUGAAGUUACUCUGACAAGAAAAAAAGAUCAGUCAGCUUUGUAGGCAGAUGAGCUUCUGGGUCUACCUUGCCCCAAAGCUUUCUGGCUGUCUCUUCUAGGCCAGGUCAGGCCACUAGUCUGCUUCAGGUCAACAGAUAUCUCCAUCAGCCUUUUGACAUUUUAUACUGUCAAGUCACUUGGAGGACUUUAAAGGUCAGUAGUUCACCACAAAAUAAUCCCAACAAGUGAUAGGGAGGUGCUUUGUCAUUGCUUUUCCUCUCAGAUUCCUUUUCAAUGUCUCACUUUUAAAGGGAAACUGAAGUCCAAAGCCAUUGCCAUUCUCCUUUUGUACCUAUAGUAUCCAAAAACAAGUGUGCAGCAUUCUGCUUAGGACAUAAUGCCCCUUUGCAUGCAAAGAGAAUAUCUUCACAGAGAGAAUGUCAGUAAAUACUUGAAUCUGCAUGAUAGCUUGUUGGCUUGAAUGUAACAGCAAGAAAAUAUUGCAAGUUAAGUAAUUGUAUAUACAAUUUCCUUAAAUGUCCUUGGCUUGUUCUUUGUAAUUUAUGUGUGUAUCUGUAGUAUUGCAGGCUUUUGGAGAAUAUUCAUAUAGAUAGUUUGUCAGACAUCAAAAGAAAUGCUUUCUGUCACCUGCCAAUGUUGUAUUGUGGGUAUUUAUAGUUGUAUAUAUAUAUGUAUAUGUAUCAAUGUGUAGACUGUAUAUCAGUAUAUGGUGUAUGUAUAUCAAAUUUAUUUUUAAUAACCAGUAUGAUAUGAAAAGCAAGUAAAAACCUCAUAGGAUUGAUUAUAUAAUGCAGUUAUUGAAAGUAUAUAUAGUGGUACUGUUUUAUUAAACUUAAAUGAUAUUUUGAUUAGCUUUUUAAUAAGACUUUAUGUUAGAAAAUUCCAUCUUUGAUCUUUGAACCACCAGGGCGAAAAUGACCCUGAACUAACUUCGUGAAACUCUUUCAGUGUACUGUGUACAAUACUAAGGAAGUAGCUCAUUAUAACUUGAGAUCUACAGAAAGAAAAAAAAUAUGCAUCCUAUACAGUCUUAACAACUUCGGUAUUCUGAGUACUUAACCAUAAAAUCAAACUGACAAUUUUGGGCUUAUUACAAAAUGUGGUGCUUUAAAGCACACGUUCUUUAUUGUUGUAAUUAGUCCAGACAAAUAGAGCUUUCAGAAGAAUUAAAUAAGUGCCCACAGUAUCAUUUUUGUGCCUGUGUCUAUUUUACAGUAGAUGGAACCACCCUUCUUGCACCACCUCCUUACCCUCUUUACUUUAAAGAAUAUUACAUUGCUAAAGUAUAUCAGGGCUUCCCAAGAUCAGGUACUAUAUUCUAGGUUUGCAGUUGUACAAAUUAGCAUCUAGUGUCACAAGUGAAAGAAUUUUAGGGCAGGCUAUGGACUAGGUUAAAUCUUUAUUUAAUAUUUUUAUACUUAGGUCUCUUCCUGCCUCUCCCCAAAGAGCCACUGGCCUUAGUUAUUUGAGCUUACUGCUUAUCUCACAGUGUGUAAAUAGAUAAUAGAUUAAAUGUGUAUUAUUCAGCAUGUUUGGUAUAUUUAAAGCAGCAACUGAGUGUGUUUGAGUGAGUGGUUGAGUACAGUAUAUUUUUAAACAUACUGUCUCCUAUUCUUUGUAUCUGAUUCAGAGAAUUGGAGUUAUGGAAUGAAAGACUAAUCUUUAGCUCUAGGCUGCUGUUGGUAGUUACAUUGGAGUUUUUUUAAUUAACUCUACAGUCUCAAACUUUUUGCAAAUAUAUCAUAUUUCCUAAUUUGUUCUUGAUGUGCAGUGAAUUCACUCUGACUGAUCAGCAGGGUCUUUGUUCUGCAAGAGUGUAUUUCUUUCUAAAAAUUAUAGUGAAUUGCAAAAACAUUCAUUUGAUUCAGAAAGCAUAUACUAAAGGAGUAGCAAAAAUAAAGUUUCAUUUUGGGCCUUAAUCAUUUGAACUGUUUGGACUUUUAAUAUAAAGCCAUGUAGGUUAUAAAGCCAAGUAACCAUUUGGCGUGGACAGUAAUAUACACUGUAUCAGAGUAUAUAUGCACAUUGAUUUUUUAAUGUCAUUAGGAUACUUUUUUAGUUAUAGGAACAAGACUAAUUAGACCAAAUUGAAGUCAGGGGGCUUUGGGGGAGGAGUGUGUGAGCUGGUUGACUUCCAUUUAGGAUAGACAUAUAUGUGGUCAGUCCUCCGCUCCUGAGAGAUUCAUAACCAGUUUACUGUCCCCUUAGGUGUGUAAGGGGAAAGUUUCACAUAUCUGGGCCUCUCACAUGUGUACAUACGCUUGCACACAUGUACACAUAGUGAAUGUUUUAAGUUAUACAAACUUAAGACACAAAGGGCCAGAGUGUAGAAGAGGUGAUGAAUUAAGGGGGUGGAAACUGCAUCACAGGAAUGUUUUCUAAGGGCUAGGGAGGAGUUGAGCUCUAGUGUCUGACUUUGACAAGUAUUGCAUUUUUAACAAAUAUGUGAGGGGAUAUAUAUCACAUCCACCAAAUUGAAGGCUUUCUUAUAAUUCACAAGUAGCAGCUCUCCAACAUCCCGCAGUAGCAUGGGGACAUUCCAGAAGGCUGAAUUUUCUGGGGUGGCAUUGCUGCGUGCUCUGGAGAUCAUUACUUUGAGAAAGGAGCACAAAUGGAGAAGGAACAAAACACUGUAGGAACAUUGGUGUGAAUUGUCCACAUUCCCCUUCAAGCUGUACUGGUAAGAAAGUUCAGAUUAAAGUAUGCUGAACAGUUAAGCACUUUUCCAUCAGCAGUGACAGUGAAGAUAGAGAUGAGAAGGAACCCAGCUAAAAUAUAUUUCCCAUUGCAGGGUAAGAGCUAAAUUCUCACUAAUAGUGUUAUUAAAAGCACUUUAACUUCAAUUCCUGAAAAUGGUGGUCAAUGGAGAGAAAUUUGGGGUUUCAGUUACCAUUUCCCUGUGAGCUUGCAUAGAUAAGUCUUUAGACACUCUCAGGAGAGUCCUAACAAGAAAGCUCAGCUAAGGACAGUACUGUAGGUCUGAGGCUCCUUGCUCUGACCCCUGAAUACUGGGGCACUGCAGAGGGUGAUAAUGUAUUCUCUCUGCAAAGAGGAGAUUCUCUUCUGGCCUUCUACUCCACUUGGGCUUCUACUGAGCAGCAAACACAUCCUGGAUUUCAGUGCUAUUCCCCAGCUUUAGGAAUCCAGCUCUUCUAAUGGGUUGACCCUGCUGAGGAAAGAUAUCAACUCUGAGAAUGACUGAGUCACUGGGGAUGACAUAUGACAAAGGUAUUUUAAAAAUUCUGUGACUGAAGCCAAGACCAUAUAUUUUGCCUUUGCAAGAAACAGGUUGGCACAUUGAGCUCUACCAAGGGAUGGAUGAUAUCUUUGCCUUUGCACCCAGAUUUCUGAAAAUGGGUAAUGUUUCAGUUCUGUGGGAAGGGUCAAAGGACACUAAGCUUAUUGCUUAGCAUUUCUGCUCAGUCAGAUGAGAGCUGUUGGGUAAAGGCCUAAAUGCCUCCCUGCAUUCUCUUCUACCUCAAGUUUUAGGAGCCCAUUUCUAGAACAAAAAUUUACACAAGUGGAGAACCAAUACUGUCAGCCUUGAUUACUGUGGGACAGGCAGAAGGGUGGUAGUUUAUAUCCUUUAAUAUAAAACAAGGUUUUGACUUUUCCAACUAGUAACUGGGUUAUAUUUACUGUGACUCAAACUAUUUGGCAAUGUGCAACAUUCCUUUGCCUUCAAAGUUUUCUCCACCAAUCAUUGCAGUUUCAUUGCAGCCCUGGUGCCAUAUCUCCCUGCAAAUUGUGAAAGUAAUUAGUGACAAAAUAGCAGCCUACUCCUUUUCAGUAGUCCAACUGUCAGCAUUAGCAGACUUAAGUAAGCUAGUGAGACUGAAUUAUGUACUGGAAACCUGUUCCUCCUUAUCACCCACCAGACUGAAGAAAUGCCAUCUCCUAUAAAAUUAUGGCAUUUAUGGUGGUCAUCUUUGUAAUGGAACAGUAAUUUAUGUGGGUAUUGCUAAGGUGUUUAGAGAAUAUUUUGAAAAUUAAGUUUACAUUUUACAAUUGCUUUAUUUUUUAUUAAAAUAGUUGUAUAUAAAUAUUACCUUGUUUGUUGAAAUAACCUAAACCAUGUAAACAGACAAGCGAGUCACCUGAUAUGUAUAGACGCUGUGAUAUAUAGAGUACUUUUCCCUAUUGUGUAAUGUUCAUGAAUAUAACUGUUCCUGUGUUUUUAUAAGUUGGGGAUAAUUUGUUGUUUUACAACAACAAAAUCUGUUGGAUUUAAGUGGCUUUUAUGUAAUAGAAAUCAUGUGAAAUAGUGAAGGAUUUAAAAUAUGUAUAUGAUAAAUGUAAAUGUACAAACUUUAGAAAGAAAUAAAUCUAACAAAUUUCAAUCAUUUAGGGGGAUAAUUUUAUUUGCUUAUUUAAGCAACUGUAUACCUUUAAAAAUCAAAACAACACACCAAACCUCCUCUUGCAUUAAAAAGACAACAACAAACCCACAGUGAGAGAUUUCACCAGGGUACUUGAUUAAGGGGUAAGAAAGUCAAAACUAUUAACUCUGACUCACCUUCAUUGACGUCUGUGAAAACAUGUGUUUGCACAAAGAUGUUGAUGAGAUUUAGGAGGCCUACUGUCUUCAUCAGGGGGCUUUAAGCAGGGAAAGAACAAAACUUUUUAUAGCAAUUUCAAGAACUCAUUUGCAUCCCCAUAUUCUAACACUUUUUAUCAAAGUAGAGGGACUGAAGGUAAUUAUUGCUCUAAAAUGCAAAUGCUGAUCAUGCUUUAUGGUGCCUAGUGUAUAUAUCUUUGUUAUCAUAACCAAACUUAAUGUUAAAAAUGAUAUCUGUUGACUUGGAAAAUGAAAAAAUAAAAUUCCACCCUAAUCACCUAA